AUCACCAAAUACGGUACCGGGUCCCCUCCCCUCUUUCAUUUAUUCCGCUUCUCACAAAAAAAAUAAAAAAAAGUUUCUGAGAAACAAAAAAUUGGGAAAAAAGAAAAAUCAUCGAAAAUUUUCCAACUUAGAUUAAUUUAUCUCACUCUCUUCCAUUCUCCAUAGCCAUUCACCAACGAUCCGAGCUCCAAUGGCCUCUCUCGCAUCUUCAAUUCGCAAUUUUCUGGUGUCUCUUUGAUAAUUUCUCCACGAUCUUCGCCUUCUGGAAGAAAUCCGGCCAAGCCAUGUCGCUCAAGAGUAUCUUCCAGGAUAUGAGGUCCCGCUCGCGCCGAGUGGUGCAGGACGGCUCCGCUCCGGAGCGGAGGGACGGCCUCGACCAGAGCUGCUGGGCUAAUAUGCCUCAGGAGCUGCUCCGGGAGGUUCUGGUCAGAAUUGAGGCCUCCGAGACUGCGUGGCCGCCGAGGAAGAGUGUAGUGGCCUGCGCCGGAGUGUGCCGGAGCUGGCGAGCCAUUACUAAGGAGAUCGUGAGAACGCCGGAGAUUUCCGGCAGGUUGACGUUCCCGAUCUCCGUCAAGCAGCCUGGUCCAAGGGAUCCUCUUCUACAGUGUUUCAUAAAGCGAAACAGAUCCAAUCAAACUUAUUAUCUUUUCCUCUGUUUGACUACUGCACUAAGUGACGACGGGAAAUUUCUACUUGCUGCACGCAAAUGCAAGCGCCCAACCUACACGGAUUAUGUUAUCUCUUUACAUGCUGAGGAUUUGUCAAAGGGGAGCAGCACCUAUGUUGGGAAGUUGAGAUCUAAUUUUCUAGGAACCAAGUUCACAAUCUUUGAUGGGCAACCACCACAUUCUGGAGCCAAGAUCACAAAAAGUCGCUCCACAAGGCUAGUGAAUCUGAAACAAGUUUCACCCAAGGCCCCUGCAGGGAACUAUCCAGUUGCCCACAUUUCAUAUGAAUUAAAUGUACUGGGAUCGAGGGGUCCGAGGAGAAUGCAAUGUGUCAUGGAUUCUAUUCCCGCUUCCUCGGUUGAACCUGGAGGAGUGGCUCCAACGCAAACCGAGAUUUCUUUGAGCAACGUGGAAUUGUUUCCAUCAUUCCCGUUUCUGAGGUCAAAAUCAAAUGCAGACAACUUGCUUUCUGAGCCUUUGGGCAGUCAGAAGGAUGGAAUGCUGGUGCUCCGAAACAAGACUCCCAGGUGGCACGAGCAGCUUCAGUGCUGGUGUUUGAACUUUCAUGGAAGAGUUACCAUUGCUUCUGUGAAAAAUUUUCAACUAGUUGCUUCUCCGGAAAACGAACCGCCUACGCAAGAAAAUGAGAAGAUCAUCCUCCAGUUUGGAAAAGUGGGGAAGGAUCUAUUCACAAUGGAUUAUCGUUACCCAAUCUCGGCUUUCCAGGCUUUUGCAAUCUGCCUCAGCAGCUUUGACACAAAGAUUGCUUGUGAAUGACAGGCACAUCAUUAACAGGGAAAAGAUACUGAGCUUGAAGGUCUGCUAAUGGCUUCUGGCAAUAAAAUCGUUUUUAUAUAUAUAUAUAUAUUAUAUUAUAUUAUAUGGUAAGUUAACGCGAUAGUGAAAGAAGGGCUAUGUUCUGAUUCCGAAGUCGUAGAAAGUUGCUCCUUUCGUGGUGGUUUCUUUGCAGCGGUUACAAUUUUUGGGGUUUUUUUUUAAUGAGGGAAUGAAUCGCAGAGAAACUUGCGAAAUUUUAAGACUUUUUAUUUGUUUGUGAUAUGUAUAUUUCUUCCAGUUUGUGUACAUAAUGAAUUUUUAUUUUUUUUCUUUCAACUGAAAAAAGUUGAAUGGCAGUGUUGACUGUUUUAAAUCAGAUUUUCGCUUUAAUGACAGACAUUUUCAUUCC